GUUGUUAAUGUUGUGUCUAUUUGUCAGGCUGCCACAAAGAAGCAAAAGUAUGAGAAAAUCUCUGAGAAGAAGAUGUCCACCCCUGUUGAGGUCCUCUGUAAGGGUUUCCCAGCUGAGUUUGCCAUGUAUCUGAACUACUGCCGCGGCUUACGCUUUGAGGAGGCUCCAGACUACAUGUACCUGCGCCAACUGUUCCGCAUCCUUUUCAGGACUCUGAACCACCAGUAUGACUACACAUUUGACUGGACCAUGCUGAAACAGAAAGCAGCCCAGCAGGGGGCCUCCUCCGGGGGCCAGGGCCAGCAGGCACAAACCCCCACAGGCAAGCAAACUGACAAACCCAAGCCUAACAUGAAAGGUUUCUGAGGCCCACAGCAGAUGACCAGGACCAACAAGUCUCUCUUCCUGGACAAGCGACAAACAGAGUCUGUGUCCCCUUCCAUAAUAACUAUCUAUGUAAUGGAAAUGUAUAGAUUAACACACGCCUUUGUCAGCUGUGUCAUCUAUAUAUUCAUAUGUAUAUAUAAUAAAACUCUGCACUCCGAAAGAAAAGGAAGAAUGAAAAAGCAGGUUUUUUUUGGAUGUGGAGGCUGUAGCCCCCGC